AUGCUCUUUUCCGGGGUGGUUGGAUACGAGAAGAUCGUGCAACAAUUGGAAGGUUAUCGUCAAACGGUGAAGAACAUGCGCGAACUGGACAUGGACCCACGGGAACAAAUCCCGUUCAACUUUCUGUUCGAUGGCCUACCAGGCACUGGUAAAACAUCAACCGCUCGCCGAAUGGGAAAGGUCUACUAUGACAUGGGCCUCCUAAGCCCUGGGGAGGUCAUUGAAACUUCUGCAACUGAUUUCAUAGGGCAGUAUAAUGGUCACACCAAUCCCAAGACCCAAGGUCAACUGGAGAAAGCUCUCGGAAAGGUUCUCCUAAUAGACGAAGCAUAUCGGCUGGGCCAGGGUUAA